CAAGGCCCAAGGCUUUUUGUCCCAUGUUUCUGUGUUGAUCUUCUCGCAUCUGGUUCGAGUCAAGUCGAAAUUCCAAGAAAAAAAGUUGCCCUCACCACGGCAGCACCGCAGCACAGCAGCACCGCAGCUGCACGCAUGCCCCGAGUGUGGGUGCGAGUCUUCUGACCGAGAAGUACACUGCUUGCUUGCUCCUCGAUCUGAUCGCCAAAACCCUCGUCCUCGUCUCCCUCGAAAUCCAUCCAUACCGUGGCCAGCCCGCGACCACGACCCGCGACCGCUUGUUCUGUCCCCGAGCUUGUUGCCUUGGAACUCUUCCUUGCUCGCACCACUGCUCGCAUCAUUGCUCCUCCUUCUCCUCCUCCUCCUUCUCCCCUUCCUCCCACACCACGCCUGUCUCAUCUUGCCUGGGGUUGCACGCAGGCACUGCCAUGACUUGGACCCGCCUUUAGACUGGAGCUCUACUCAGUGCUCUCCGUCAGCUUGACCCACACCAGCUCGGCCAAAGUACACAUGAUCGCCCAUCCUCGAUCUCCCCAGAAUCACCACUACUACAUGUAACUCGUCCUCCCGAGACCCAAUUUCGCCCACCUCUCCUCUGCCCCUGUUCCUUGUUUAUCUUUUUUUCUCGUACGUACUCGUAACUUGAUACCCCCCUCCUCUCGAGCAACCCACUUCGGCCCAAACCUCCAGCGAUAUCGUGAUCGUGCCCGAGAGACUACGCGACCUGGCGAGCCGCGCCAAAGGUCAACAAGGCAGUGCGCACAUCUUGCUGCUGUACACGUGCAUGUGAUAUAUGGUACAAUUUACGACAAGUUCCUCGGAACAUCGGACGGAGUAACCCCGUCAGGAUGGAUCAACCUCACCAAAACAAGCCCGACGACGCCAGCGAGGUAUCGCGCCGCUCCUCAAUCGCGCCGUCGCCCACAGACGUCCGCAGCGCCAGCAGAUACGAGUCUAUCACCGGCCGGGACGACGACGGCUUCUCAGAAAGCUACCAGUCUACGGAUACUGUGCGGAGGAGACCAGAUGCUACCGUAAAUUAUGGCACUAGCAGCCCCUCUGUAGGCACCGCCUCCUCGUCACAAUAUCUCGAGCCCACCAUCUCCAACGAGCGACACCAUCAACGCGUAGGGACCAACUCGUCACAACCCUCGCGCUCCCCUGUACCGCCCUCGACCCACGAGCGCGGAAGAGCCAAGCCGCGCAAGCCACCACUGCCACGGCGGGCCUCCUCCAACGCCCAAGCACCACACCGCGGCGGCGUCUUCUCCGUCGACGACGCCCUCGACGAGAUCGAGGCCGACCAGGUGAACGAGCUUCAACAGAGCUACUCAUCCGUGCGGAGGAGACAGCCCCAGGCCCCAAAGCUGAGCAGGAUACAGUCGAGCCGGGAUGCGACCGGAUCCAGCGAGGAUGCCGGGCCUCCGAAGACCCCAGUCAUCGUGGAGGAGCAAAAUGACGAUGUUCCGGACGCAGAGGACGGGGAAGGGAGUGUGCAAGCCGGUGACGGGAUGGACGAAGAUACGCCUGUCGACGACGACGACGACGACGACGGUGACAUCAGCGACGCCGAGAGCUUCACGCUCAAGGACAGGCAGGCCGCCAUCAACGAGACCCACCCGUUCGGUAUUAGGCUGUGGAAACCUGCCCUGUACAAGAAGGAUAGAUCGGUCCAGAAGAACGCAGAGACGGACAUACACAGCUCGCCCGGCGGCAGGGUCAGCAACUGGCUGCUCUUGUUCAACAUUGUCUGGACUUUAUGUUUUGGCUGGUGGAUGGCCCUGAUCGCCUUCGCCGGCGCUGUCGUGUGUUUCUUGUUCGCUGCCGCCCCUAGUGCACUUGAGUAUGGACGUGUGCUAUGGGGAUUGGCGGGAUACCUCUUCUAUCCCUUUGGCAAGUUCAUCCGACUUGAACAGCAGGAGGCAUAUAUCGACGAGGACCAAGGGGAAGGAAGAAGUAUCUCUGAGUAUGAACAAUGGCAGAGUGGCGAUCUCGAAUACGGCAGGCUGUUCUUCGGCCCUGACAGAAACACCCGGUCUAUCGUCGGGAGAUCCCGAAGGAGUAUUGAUUCCGAGCCCAGCGAGACCGACAGCCUGCUGGGACGUGGUCGAGGGCACCACAGCCACGGCAGCGACGAUGACCUGCCCCGUAUCAAGAGGAGGCUCUUCGGUCGUGGCCAGUGGAACAUUGGUCGCCUCAUCUUCUUCAUCUUCUUCUACGCCCUCAUCACGCCAUCGCUGUUCCUCGCGUCCGCGAUAUGUUGGUUCUUGGUCUUCUGGAUCCCAAUGGGCAAAGUUACCAUGCUCCUCUUCGACCACCUGCGCCGUCACCCCUUGGCGUUGUCAUUCGAGUCCGACAUCUCUUACGCUCGCAUCCCGGCGGCGCCUCACUCUUCCGUUAUUGUCUGCACCUAUCGGGCUGUCGGAUUGAAAUACUGGAAGUACACGGUCGAUGGCACCAACAUCUUCCUCAUCAACCUCAUGGCCGUGGUGCUUUUUGUUAUCCUCGAUUGGGCCGUGCUGGAGGGUGUCUUCGGGGUCCACAACUUCAUCACCUCUCCCGGCUUCCUCUUUAUCAUGGGAUUAUUCUCCAUCAUCCCUCUGGCGUACUUUAUCGGUCAGGCUGUGGCUUCCAUCUCAGCACAGUCGUCCAUGGGAUUCGGCGCCGCCAUCAACGCCUUCUUCUCCACCAUCGUCGAGGUCUUCCUGUACUGUGUGGCGCUCAAGGACGGCAAAGGUGCGCUUGUCGAAGGUAGUAUCGUCGGCUCCAUAUUUGCCGGUGUCUUGUUCCUCCCGGGCUUGUCCAUGUGCUUCGGCGCCAUCAAGCGCAAGACGCAGCGCUUCAACGCUCGUUCGGCCGGUGUGACAUCGACAAUGUUGCUCUUCGCAGUGAUCGGCGCGUUCGGCCCCACUCUGUUCUAUCAGAUAUACGGCUCACAUGAACUCAACUGCGUCGACUGCGUCAGCAGUGGUCAUUCCAAGCACGGCAUGGGGGCCAGGGACUGCCGCCGCUGCUACUUCAGCCAGACACCUGCCCUGGACGAGCGAUUCUAUCUCGAGGCGGUCCGCCCGUACUGCUACAUGGCAGCCACACUGCUGUUUUUGAGCUAUGUCAUCGGCCUGUGGUUUACACUACGCACUCACGCCGCGGUGAUCUGGAACACUGAGCAGGAUGAGAAGAAGCACGAGGAACAGAUGCACCACACCGCAAUGGGCGGCCGCUCGGCGCCUCGCAGCGGGUACCCAUCCAUCGGCGAGGCCAGCGGUCUGGACGUGCGUGAGAGCCAGAUUUACAAGCGAACUCUGGGCCAGACCCUUAGGCAGGUAGGUCUGCAGCCCGGCAUUUCCGGUAACGGCACCGCCACGACACCGCACAUCCCGCCUCCAAGGUCCGACACCGUCAGCUCGUCAAUGAACAUCCCGGGGUUCUCGGAGGCCGAGAACACGCAGCUCGUGCAGCAGAUCGCCGAGAUCGCCAGCACGGCUGCCACCGCCGCCGCUAGGGACGCGCGGGGCAGCGUUGCUAAAAGCACCCCUGCUACGACGCCUCACCUGCCACAGGGCCAUUCUUCUGGGAGGGAUACGGCGAUGAGCUCGCACCGGCCGCCUCCCAUCCGCACGGCGACUUUCCCCGAGCACGAGGACCCCGUGGGUGCUGAGGCCCACGCGGGCGGCCACGGAGGUCACGAUGCGCCGAACUGGAGCCGGACAAAGUCUGCCGUCAUCCUGAUGAGCGCGACUGUGCUGUAUGCGAUUAUCGCGGAGAUUCUUGUGGACACGGUCGACGUGGUCCUGGAGGGAUUUGCGAUUGACGAGAAGUUCCUGGGUAUCACGCUCUUUGCGUUGGUGCCGAAUACCACGGAAUUCUUGAACGCCAUAUCCUUCGCCAUGAACGGCAACAUCGCCCUCUCCAUGGAGAUCGGGUCCGCCUACGCCCUGCAGGUCUGCCUCCUCCAGAUCCCGGCCCUGGUCCUCUUCAGCGCCGUGUACACGGUCACGCUGCCCAACGGCGAGCUCCCGCUCGACAUGGCCAAGUACACCUUCUCGCUGCUCUUCCCGCAGUGGGACAUGGUGACGGUCAUCCUGUGCGUCUUCCUGCUGAGCUACAUGUACGGCGAGGGCAAGAGCAACUACUUCAAGGGGUCCAUCCUGCUGCUGAGCUACCUCGUCGUCGUCACGGGGUACUACUUUACGGGCUUCGGCAUCGGGAUCGACUCCCUCGGGGCCGGGGCGAACCGGUUCGACGUCUGGGAUGCGCAGGCUGGGGGCUGGGUCUCGCAGUCCCCGGCUGGCGCGGGCGCGGCGGGGCCGGAGAGCUUCAAGACCGUCGGGAGGACGGUCUCUGGUGUGCUGUACUGAAAAUAUAAAGGUUGGCUGGCUGGCUGUGGUAUGGUGUAGGGUUGGAAGCUAGCUGGGUGUGAGCGAACCUCAUGGAUCUGCAUGCAUGGCGUGGCAUGGUGUGGCAUGGUGUGGCAUGGUGUGGCAUGGUGUGGCAUGGUGUGGCUGCUGCUGUGUGGUACCCGCCGGGCCGGAAAGACGGGCGGCAUUGGGGGUGUUUUGUGUUUCUGGGGUUGUUAAUAUCUUGUUCAAUCUGUUGUUGGUUCUCUCUGAUCUUGCUUCAUCUUGGAUCGAUGUCAUUGCGUGCGUGCGUGCAUGGGAGAAGGACGUGCUGUGUGUCUGUGUGCCCUGGAUGAUUUAGCGUCAGGACACGGCCGGCCGGCCCUCCUCUCUUCUCCGGUCAUCUUUUUUUUUUUUUCCUUUUGUCCUUUCUUUUGUUCUUUACGGUGUGGCUGUAGAUGCAUAUCCGAUAUCCCAUCUUUCUCUUCUGUUGUGUUAGAGUGUCUGCUGGCCUUGCUUGCUUGCUUGUGUGAAGAGGUGCUCGUGGUGUACACUCCCUGGCUGGCUGGCUUGAUGAACGCGAGCUCACAUUUGCAUGUGCCUGUUCGUUCCCCUGUGUGGAAAGGGCUAGACUGCGAGGCUAGCCUUGAAGUUCUACAUACUCGCAUGUAAUUAGUUGCCCCUACGACUGGCCCGGCCCGCCCGGAUGAAU